GCUUUGGUCACAACGGCCCAUCACUGUGCGUUCAGCGUGCUGGGGUGCCAUCGUCAUUGACAUUUUCUAUCACCAUCUUCGUCGUCGCACAACCUCCGAACUCAGAUUGAUGAACAUUACCACGCGCAAAAGCAUCAACUCAACCCGAGUAUAGCUCUUGCUACCCAGGCCAGACCUAGACAAGCUUCUUCGCACGCCCCGCCAUGGCCGACCGUCCCGUCCCUUCGUCCUUUGACGAUGCAAAAGAAUACCAGGAGACAGGAUGGCAAAAAAUCUCCCGCAAGCUCAGGGAAGAGCCCCUGAUACCACUAGGAUGUGGCCUUACGGUUCUCGCCCUUGUGAAUGCAUGGAGAGCUAUGCGGCGUGGCGACCACCAGGGAGUGCAGCGCAUGUUUCGUGCCAGAGUUGGCGCCCAGGCUUUCACAGUCAUUGCCAUGGUCGCCGGUGGAGCGUACUACGGCCAGGACCGCGAAAAGCGCAAGGAAUUGAUCAAACUAGAGGCUCAGCAGCGUGCAGAAGAACGACAAGCCAAGUGGCUGCGGGAACUCGAGAUUCGAGACGAGGAGGACAAGGCACUCAAGGAGUCGAUCAAACGUCGUAGGGAACGGGCCGAACAGAGAAAGGCAGAGUCCGCUGGCAGGAAUCCGGGGAGCGAUGCCACAAUGGCGUCGUUGCCUGAACCGGACCAGCAGGGCGACCGAGGUACGCAGCCGAAACCAGAGGGAGCCGGUGUGCUUUCUUCCCUCUCCAGAGUUGGUGGUUGGUUUGGUUCGAGUAAACCCGAACAAUCCAAGUCUAAUAUCUCUGACUCAGAUAAAGUCACCCCUCCCCCGAAGUCCUCGGAUUGAGUCGCGGUGGUGACUGCUGGUUCAUGGGUGCUGAGCUCCGAAAGAUGGACCGCGAAUUGCAACCAUCCUCUGCAUCGAGAUUUUCUGCGAGCUGCCACUGGAUAGCCGUUGUUAGAAGCAUCUGGAUCGAUACUGUACCAAAACAAAACACAAUCAUGUACAAUAUGCAUUGCUUGUAUAUACGCCUGAUGGUCGAGCUGGGGGGGGGGGGGG